AUGAACGCCGACACGUAUCGCAGCGAGGUCGUGAAUGUGGUGCGUAUCGACGAGAACAUCGAUACCCUAGGGCCAUUUUCUGCAACGAUGGCCCAAAAGCUGCCUCAUGUGGAUAUACUUGUCCUCAAGGACGGAAGAUGGAUGUCAGAACGGAUGCAUUUUCAGAUCUUCUUGCAACUUGGCAUCGCGUUCCAAGCAACCACGAAUCUCAAGCUAUGUGAAGUUCACUUCCCAUCUUUGGCCGUGUUCGGGCGGCUCAUCUCUGCGCUUCCUCGUCUUACCAAUCUCGUGUGCUGGGAUUUAGAGUUCAGUUCGUCCUCGUUCAAACCUGGUUGUAUCUACACACGGAAGGGACUAGCCCUUACACGCAUCGAGCUCCAAGGUAGCGGACAGGUUGUCGAAUUCCUCGCGUCGACAUCCAUGUGUAACGGUCUACGGCACAUCACUUUUAAAGACUACAACAAAACAUGUGGCCCCGCUUACCAAAGGCUUGUAGAUCAAGCGAAAACAUCCCUUCGCUCCAUGGACAUUCGCCAAAGUUUUAUUCUCGGAGACCGAAAUGUCAUCCCACUCGACCUCAGUUCAGUAGUAAAUUUAGAAAGAAUCUCUCUGGACAUGAGUGCCCACGAACUGGAGCGUCAAUCCCUCAAACGUGCUGCCACUUUGUUAAAAGUGCUCCCUGCAAAACUCCGUGAGAUCAAAAUCACCUUGUAUAGCUUCACUCUCCGCAAGUGGUAUCUCGAAGACCUACUCAGCACUUUCGAUACAUUACCCUGCACCCAGAUCGACAGGAAUCUAUCUGGGCCCUCCUAUACCAAACUGACCGAGGUUACGUUCGAGUUCUUAGCGUGCAUCCACCUUGCGGAUGUCAGGAGGGUACCCGCUGAGAGUGCAUGGCGAGAGCAUCUUAUGUCCAUCUUCCCGAGAUUACAUGACAAGAAACUUCUUCGGUAA